UUUUCCCCAAAAGGUUCUGCUAAAGCAGCCUCUGCUUUGUAGAGGUUGCAAGAUGCUUGGUUCCUUGACUGAAAUUUACAGAGGACACUGCUUGGUGGAAGAGUGUUUACCUGGUUAGACCCAAUAAGUAGGAAGCAUUUUUGAUGAUCAUAUGAUAAUUCAGAUUGAUGUAACAUGUUAGAGUUGGCAGGGUGCUUUCUACAGCACAACCGAGAGGUAGGCUGUACAUUCUCAUUUUAGUACCUGCCCCAGAGUCACAUAGCUAGGAGGGGUCAGGCCCUUGGAACUUGUAUAUCCUGAUACUGAGUUCAGCUGCUCUGCCUCUGAUACUGAUGUGGGUUAAAAAGGAGGAAAAAAACUCCCAUUCCCCCCCACAACACACACCCCUACUGUAGGAUAUGUUGUAAAGAGGCCUGAGGCCUAGGGCCCUUUGCACUUUGUAGGUGACCUUCAAGUCUGAAAUUGUCCCACCGUGUCCCCAAGUAAGCCAUGGUGACCUUGUUAUCUCUCCGAUGAAACAACUCAAACCAUUGUAACAUGUUUCCCUCUCAUCAGCAUGGAAUAUAAUUCUCUGAUGAUCAGUGUGAUCUCUGUUAAACACGUGAGGAAAACUAGCGCUAAUGGGGUUUUGGUAGUGAUUCUGUCCUGAACUUAAUAGCUCCCUGGAAGCCAGAACCCAUUCCAUCACCCGUUGCUGUUGUACUGGAUACUCCUGCUUUCCCAUUUGGAUUUGGCUUCCCCUCCUGCCCCAGAGGCCUGGCGUGUUUUCAGUUCAGCCUUCGGAAUCUUCUUUGUUUGAUUUCCAAGUUGUUGGUGUGACGACAUUCUGUCUUGUCUAUAGGUGCCCCAGAGGGCAUCUGUGAAAGCCUCAGCACCCCCUGCUCUCCAAGGUUUUGUUGUUGGCUCAGACCAUGAGUCUGAAGAGACUGAGGUGUGGCAUCAACUUGAGGGACCUCAAGAAGGUGGUAACAGCCCUGAGCAAAGCAGCCACACAUUUCAACCAAAAUGAAAUGGAAUGUCUUGUGAAACUUUUUUACUCAUUUAUGGAAAAGGGAAAUGAACAAGGUAUCCAAGAAGGCCUGGAUCGCAUUGAAUUUAGAAACAUCCUACAUAGUGUAUUUGGAAUGACCGAUGACUUGCUUAUGAACAGGGUAUUUGGUGCUUUUGACAAAGACAACGAUAAUCACAUUAGUACAACUGAGUGGGUCGAAGGAUUAUCCAUAUUUCUCCGAGGAACCUUUGAAGAAAAAGUAAAAUACUGUUACCGAGUUUAUUACUUGAAUGGGGAUGGAUACAUUUCCCAAGAUGAAAUGUUUGACAUGCUGAAGACCAGUCUCCUCAAACAUUCAGUUGAAGAAGAUCCGGAUGAAGGAGUAAGAGAGUUAGUAGAAAUAACACUGAAGAAAAUGGAUUGUGAUAACGAUGGGAAGCUGUCUUAUGAAGACUUUGAACGAGCUGUAAAAAAAGACUGGCUUUUGUUGGAGGUCUUUGGCCCAUGUUUACCAGAAAUUGAGAAGUGUCUUGAAUUUGAAACUCUGGUAUUCAAAGACAUAAACAAUGAAUUUCAACUGUAA